AUGAGCACCCCAGAGCAUGGUGCAGCCACCGUCGCCCUCAGUAACGCAAUAACGCUCCAGGUGCAUUCGAUGGGACUCGGUGAAGUCAUCCAAACCUUCGUGGGACCAUCAACCAAAGCUGAUAGUAGGGGCAAGGAAGCAGACUACGGAUGGGGUCCUAGAAGGCCACCACCUUUUGCCGGAAGGCUCUCUGUCGCUCUAGAGGUUGCUAUCUCGGAGACCCAAGAAAAGCUGAAGCGAGAUGUAGAUUUCUGGCUAAACCCAAACGAAGGAAAUGCCAACAUGGCAUUGACGCUUAAGGUCAGCAGAAACACCCCUAUGGUCACUUUCGAUACGUUAGAGCGGGUGAACCAGCGGUCUCAUCGGACUCAACAUAUCACGGUCUCUAAGAAUUCAGGCGACCAUAUUACACUCUCUGGAUCUCCGAUGACCAUUCCAUUCGACCUCUUAUUUCAACGGCCAAUAUCAUGCCCAGCGGAGAGGAACAUCCAGUUGGCAGAUAAUGAGCUGAAAGAUAUUACGAGCCGGAUCUGGGAGGCACAGGGUUUCUAA